CGGGGAGUAUAGAAGGAAACAGGAAGGUCCCUGCUGCUUAACCUUUCUGUGGAGAAAGCCCAAGUCAUUUAGAGAGCUUAACAUGGCCUGGGCUCUGUCUUUCCUUGCACUUCUUGGCUAUUUCUCAGGUGUCAUUUCUCAACAUACAGUGACUCAACCUACAUCAGAGUCUUUGUCCCCAGGACAAAUGGCUAAACUCUCUUGCACUGCCAGCAGCAGUCCCAGCGGCGGCUAUAUUCACUGGUAUCAACAGAAAGCUGGCCAGGCCCCUCGCUUUGUGCAUUGUAAUGGUUGCAGCAGAGGAACAGGGAUCCCAGAUCGAUUCAUUGCUACUGUCUCUGGGAAUACUGGCUGUUUAACUAUCAGCAACACCCAAGUUGAAGAUGAGGCUCACUAUUACUGUGGGGCUUGGUUUAACAGCUAUAGCUUGUAUGUCUUCGGCGGUGGAACCAAACUGACAGUCCUAGGACAGCCAACAGCACCUCCAACAGUGAACGUCUUCCCACCAUCCCCAGAAGAAUUGAAGACCUCAGACAAAGCCACCGCAGUGUGUCUGAUAGAUGGCUUUUACCCGAGUCCCAUCCAAGUUACCUGGCAGGCUGAUGGCAACACCAUCUCCUCUGGGGUGGAGACAACCACGCCCACCAAGCUGAACGACAAGUACGCGGCCAGCAGCUACCUCAACAUGAAAAAAUCUGUGUGGGAGAGCUAUGACAGAGUCACCUGCAAAGUGACGCAUGAAGGGAAGCCCUUUGAGAAGGAGGUGAGGAGAUCGGAGUGUGCCUAAAGGCUGGAUGGGUCUGAUGAGUUCCUCGUGCCUCCAGCAGCUGAGAAGAAAGAGUCCUUUCAUGUUCAAGGGGGCCAAGUUUAUUUCCUCUAAUGCUAUGUUGAUCCACCAAGUCUGGUUUCCUUCCUAUGUCGUUUCCCUCCCCACACCCCCUCCCUUCCUCUUCUCCCUGGAAUCUCCUUUGUGUGUUGGCUUAUAAUGUUUGCAAAUUAAUAAAAUGUCAUACAUUUCACCGGUGUGAUU